AUGGCUGCCAAAAAACUUUCGGUAUCCCAUCGUCGAUGUUUGGGCCAACCAUCCCAGGGUGCCGCCAUCCCAGAAGUUGCUCGACUUUUCGCGUACAGCCAUUCAGACCCUGAGAUUGCUGACCGCAAGCGUACGCCCGACGAGGUCAUUGCCCUGACAGAUGAGGCGGGCUUCGUGGGUUUGAGAGUUGUUCCUUGGCUGUGGAACCUCCCUCCGACUGACUCUCACUGCUGGCCACUCUACGUUAAUUGCAUCGAGCUCGACAUUCCAUUUUUUACACAAGUUGGCCACACGGCGCCCGCUUGUCCUAGUGAGGUUGGCCGACAUCGACACUAUUGCCCUUCAAUUUCCUGA